AUGCGUUUUCAGUAUUCUGUAUCAAGCAAAGAGGCUUAUUUGGCCGCACACAAGCAAAAGGUAAAGGUGUCGAAGAAAGAUGUUCCAAAGACUUCUAAUGAUUUGAAGGAGAGCAUCAAGGCGUGCAUUAAAGAUGACAAAAUGCCGGUCGUGCAAGCAGACGACAGGGAACAAUCAUGGCUGACGUUUCAGGAACUGCUGGAUUUUGAUGUCUUUCUGUUGGAUUGCAGAAUAUUAAACGUUGAUAUGAAGAAGAAAAUGAGAGAGGCCACAAAGGCGAUCCUAUCAAAGACAGAAAGGAAAGAAAUGGAAGAACAACUGAAGCGCAUUCAGGGCAAAAUUGGACCUCAUCCCAAAUUAAACAUAGAAAGAUUUGAAAAUUGGGCGGAAACUAUCAUUUCUUACGUCAUUUCCUGUUGGCCGACAUCAAAGGAAGAGAUACAAAGCGUCAUCGCAGCUGCAAAGGAAGAAGGAUUGAAGAUACGUUCUGCAGGUUCCCGACACAGCUGGGCGCCAGUAUUUAGUGAUGUUCGACAGAUAUUAUUGAACCUUGGAAAAUUGCGAAGUGACUAUGGACAUGGUGUCAAAAUAAGAAUAGCGAAUCGUAGUCGCAACGAAGUUGAUGUAAUGGCGGGCGUAACGACCGGCGAGUUGAAAGACUUUCAACUGAAAAAUAAACUUCAUCUUCCUGCCAGUGUCAUCGUUGAUGCAGUGACGGUGGUUGGAAUUAUAAGUGCCGGAUGUCACGGUGUGGGACGUUAUUCAAAGUCUGUAAGUGAUUACAUUGUAAAGAUGCGAGUGUUCGACUCUAAUGGCGAGUUAAGGACGUAUUCGAAUGAGAACCAGGCAAUGUUUAGAGCAGUGAUGGCGGGAUUUGGAUGUUUUGGCGUUGUGUAUGAUAUAACCCUUAAGAUGGAACCAGAAUUUUUGGUAAAGACAGAAAAUUUAUAUUACAACCUGGGAGAUGUUUUCUGCUAUGCCAGGUGUCUCCAAUCUAUAGUUGAGAACAACUGGUCCACUAACAUUCUUUGGAUUCCGUACAAUUCCAUAAGUUGUGGUGAUUACAAUCCGAAAAACGAUGAGUUAUGGAUACGCGUGACCAAUAAAGCGCCAUCUGACGUUGACACGGAAGACUGGGAUUAUUAUACUUGGCACGACACCAAAGAUUACGUCACUCAGGGAUCCCUGGCUGCCAUGUUGCCACUAUUAGCCGAGGAACCCAGUCUUGUGCCAUACUUUUCAUGGUCUGCUUUCAAGUCUUUGAAGUAUGUGAUGUACCCUUCCGGUGAAAUUUACCAAGAGCAUGCUCAUUCUGUGCAUUUUAGAAAACAUUUGGACAUGGCUCCUAUUUACGACAUGGAGUUUAUAUUUGACUGUGAAGAUGACUACGAGAAGCUGUUACAGAUCAUACAUGUCGUGGUGAAGAGAGUCGACCAUUAUGAAGAAAAAGAAGAAUAUCCUCUGACAGCUCUGGAGAUCCGAUUCAUAUCUUACAGCGAUGCUUAUCUGGGAUCGGGAGUUCUUGCCAAUCCUGCUACAGGCGGGUCUGGUUAUGCGAUGUGUAUCGAGAUCUUGGGCUGUCCCGGAUGUAAGGGCUUGGAUACAUUCAGCACUGAGAUAGCCAAAGAGUGGAUGGCCCUUGGGGGAGUACCUCACCUGGCCAAACAAUGGAACCAUUUACCGGGGAUUUACGAACACAUCCAAGAGAAAAUGAGCGGGCAAAUCACAUCCUUCAAGACACAAUUAAAGAAAUCGGGUGCGGAUCCAGAUGGCAUGUUUCUAAAUGAAGGUCUGAAAAUGCUUCUGGGCAUAUUAUAGUACCUUAAAAGGACAUUUUAUUACUUAAUGUGUGUGUGUUGAUGACUGAUUAGCAUUUAACAACAAUCUUUGAAUAAGUAAAUUAUACGAAGUGAAAAGUA